ACACCUACGGUUGGAUCAAGAUGCGGUCUGACCCAGCUCUUAUGGCCUCCUUCCUACUGCUGCUGCCCCUGGUGCUUCCAGGACAGCCUCAGCUGGUAAGAAGUGUAUUAAGUUCUAUGGAUGAGAGUGGCACUUUCCAGUGUGUGGUCCAUCUACCCAACAGCUCUAUCUUCCUGCAGCAGCUGGAACAGCUACAGAUUACAUUACAGGAGCUCAUUGGCAAGUAUGAACAAGAGCUGUCCAGGGUCAAGGAGUAUGCACAUGUCAUUGAAGAUCAAGACAGCCAGACUCUAGAACUGAAUCACAUGCUGGAGGCCAGAAAUCCUGGUGUCACUCUGUCCCAAUAUGACAACCCAGCCUUCAACCUGCUACGCCUGGAGCUAGAAGGAGCACAGGAGUUGGCAGCCCAGCUUAAGGCCAACGGAGGUGUGAGUGGAGCCUCAGACCUCCUCUAUCAACUGCAGAACCGGGUAACCAAUGCCAGUCUGACCUUGAAGCUUCUGGUUGACUCUGACCGUCAAAGCUUCCAUGCCCUCCAAGAGGAAGUGGACGUCCUUGAGGGCCAACUAAGUGAGUGCGAGAGGGAAAAGGAACAGGAACAAUCCUCCAGACACCCUGGUCCACCUCUGGCUCCUGGUUCCUGUGCCCAUGGAGGCCUGCAGAAAGUGAGCAGACCCCUUGUGGUAAAGCUCAAUUGGAGGGGUUUAUCAUAUAAGGCAGGUGCCUGGGGUCGCGACUCAGCACCCAAUCCAGUUUCUUCCCUUUACUGGGUGGCUCCACUGCGUGCUGAUGGCAGGUACUUUGACUACUAUAGGCUGCACAAAUCCUAUGAUGACCUGGUACUGCUGAAGCACUAUGAGCAGUGGAAGAUGGGCUAUGGUGACGGCAGUGGCAACACCGUGUACAAGAACUUCAUGUACUUUAAUUACUAUGGCACAAGAUACAUGGCCAAGGUGGACCUUUCCUCCAACACCCUAGUGCUACGACGACCAUUGCCUGGUGCCACCUACAACAACCGCUUCUCAUAUGCUUGUGUGCCUUGGACUGACAUAGAUUUUGCUGGUGAUGAGAAGGGACUGUGGGUUUUCUAUGCCACAGAGGAGAGCAAAGGCAAUCUGGUUGUAAGUCUUCUCAAUGACAGCACCUUAGAAGUUGAGCAAACCUGGUAUACCAGCCAGUAUAAGCCUGCUCUUUCAGGGGCCUUCAUGGCCUGUGGGGUGCUCUAUGCUUUGCGUUCUCUAAGCACUCGUCAAGAGGAAAUAUUUUAUGCUUAUGACACAACCACUGGGCAGGAACACCACCUCAGCAUCCUGUUGGACAAGAUGCUGGAAACUCUGCAUGGCAUCAAUUACUGCCCUUGGGAUCACAGGCUCUAUGUUUAUAAUGAUGGGUUCUUAAUAAAUUAUGACCUCACCUUCCUGACACUAAAGCUGCCGAGCUCUCCCAUGAAAAGGCCUUCUGGGGCUCCAGCUCCAUUCAAACCUAUCAAAUCCAACCAGCCAUCUAGGAUAAGAGACUCCAUGACUCACCAGGGUCCUAUUAGAAAUAUGUUUUCUCCCUCCCCUCUUGAAGGACAAUUCCCUUAAUAACUAUCCCUCCAAAUGAUUGAGGUUCACUGAUUGAUUUUGUUUUGUAGAUCAUCAAUAUCUCAGUAGACACAUUAAGGUACUAAUAAUGGCUUGCAAGGACUUGAUUAAGAAACAAAAGACAUUGUUAGCUAGGGAGGGGCUGGCAGGGUAGCUGAGUGCUGGAUCAUGUGUUUAGCAUGUACCAGGCCCUAGAUUCAAUGCUUAGCACAGUAAGUGGGAAGAAAAUGCAUUAUUCAAUCCUUAUCACUGAAAAAAAAUAACAAAAAAAAUUAGCUAGAGAGAUGGUGCCCUCU